AUGCAUGUGGGAAGGCUUGAUAGAACAAGGGAGCCUAAGCCAAUUAGUCGAGUGGGAUGCAAGGUUUGCUUUCAAGUGAACUUGGUGAAGGGUAGUAAGCAUUGGAUAUGCAAAGAAUUCAUCCCAAUUAAUUCUCACAACGUUGUAGCAGGCAACCAUAAACAAUUCCUUCGGUCCAAUCGGGUAAUCUCAGAAGGAAACUUGACGACUGCACAAAUAAUGAAGGAGUCAGGCAUAAGAACUUGCCACAUCAUGUCGUACAUGGCAAAGCAAAUGGGUGGUUAUGAGGAGAUUCCAUUCACAUCAAAAGAUCUUUACAAUCGAAUAUCCCAUGCUUCAAAAGUUGAGUUUAUCGGUUCCAAUGCAGGGCGGGCAAUUAGAUAUUUGGAGCAUAAAGCUGAUGAGGACCCUGGUUUUUUUGGACAAUUUUCGUACAAUGAGGACAAUCGUCUUCUUAAUUUAUUUUGGGUAGAUGGUAGAUGUAGAUCAGACUAUGAAACAUAUGGCCAUGCAGUAGCUUUUGAUUCGACGUACAAGACUAAUAGUUAUGGGAAGUUGCUGCUGAUAUGGAUAGGAACUAAUAACCACUAUAGAACGUGCAUUUUGGGCUUUGCCAUUCUUGACAAUGAGUCUGGCAGCAACUACAAGUGGGCGACAAGGGCUUUCCUGGAAUGCAUGGGAGGUGUUCUACCCAAAAUAGUAGUGACAGAUGGAGACGAAGCUAUUGCUAACACGUUGGAGGAGUUGAUGUGUAACGCCCUACUACCUUAG